GCCAACUUGGAAACACACAGCCACCAUGACGCCGGGCUCGCAGAUCUUGCUGAGCGCUCUGCUGCUGCUCUCCGCAGCAGCAGCAUUUUGCAGCAUUUUGGUGUGGUACACCGAGGGCAGCCACUGGAUUAACAUGAAACCCGUACUGGAGACGCUAGUGGACCGGGGACACCAUGUCACCGUCUUGGCCCCGAGCGCUUCGCUCUUCAUGAAUGCCAGCGACGAAUCCAGCUUCCACUACCAACCAUUCAAUGUCACCUUAGAGCUGGAGACCAUGACGAAGUUCAUGGACGACUUCCUUGCUUUCUCCAUGUACGAGAUGGACCACAUGAAUGUAUUUCAGAUUUACAUGAAGUUCAUGGCCUUGAUGAAAGUGGACCUGCAGUAUUCUUUGCAGUAUCUGGACGGCGUGUUGAAAUCAGAUGUCAUCAUGAAAAAGCUGAAGGAGGGCAACUAUGACCUUCUCCUGGCUGACCCCAUCUACCCGGGAAGUGACCUGGUGUCUGAGAUUCUGGACGUCCCCCUGAUCUACUCCCUGCGCUUCUCACUGGUUCAUAACAUGGAGAGGUACUGUGGUCAGAUGCCUGCGCCACCCUCAUUCGUGCCCGCCGCCAUGAGCAAGCUGACCGACAAGAUGGACUUCUUCGAGAGGAUGUGGAAUUUUGUCUUCUACGCCGUCAACGACGUGGUGAUAAACAUAGCGAUGUGGCAAGAACUGGAUCGAUACUACACAGAGUUCAAAGGCAAGCCCACGAGUUCCUGUGAGUCAGCGAGCAGGGCGGACAUCUGGCUGAUGAGGACGUACUGGGAUUUUGACUAUCCUCGUCCUUUCCUGCCCAACUUCAAGUUUGUCGGCGGGAUCCACUGCAGACCGGCGAACGCCUUGCCUGAGGAUAUGGAAGAGUUUGUGCAGAGUUCAGGCGAAGACGGCAUCGUGGUCUUCACUUUGGGAUCCUUCAUCAAGAACAUCACCACAGAGAAGGCCAACAUGAUCGCCUCUGGCCUUGCUCAGAUUCCCCAGAAGGUACUUUGGAGGUACAGUGGAGAAAAGCCAGCCACUUUGGCCCCCAACACAAGACUAUACGACUGGAUACCUCAGAACGACCUGCUGGGUCACCCCAAGACUCGGGCAUUCGUCACUCACGGGGGCACCAAUGGCAUUUAUGAGGCCAUCUACCACGGGGUCCCCAUGGUGGGCAUGCCCUUGUUUGCCGACCAGCCGGACAACAUGGUGCACAUGAAGGCGAAGGGCGCCGCCGUUGUCGUGGAACUGAACUUCAUGACCUCUGAAGACCUCAGCAACGCCAUCGGGACUGUCAUCAAUGACAAGUCGUACAAGGAGAACGCCAUGCUGCUGUCCAGGAUCCACCACGACAGACCCAUGAGUCCCCUUGACGAGGCCGUGUUCUGGAUCGAGUUCACCAUGAGACACAAAGGUGCCAAGCACUUAAGGGUCCAGGCUCACGAGCUCACCUGGUACCAGUACCACAGCCUGGAUGUGAUGGGAUUCUUCCUGGUGGUCGUCCUCCUUGUCGCACUCCUCUUCGUCAAGACUUGCAAAUUUUGUCUCGGCAGAUGCUGUGGCCGGAAGAGGCCGACAAAAAGAAAGGCAGAGUAAUCAGGGUCAAGCGAAAGACACAGAACACAUGAAACACCCGGUGAUGAUUUGCCUUUCUGUGAAUUUUGUACUCACCAGACAUAUUAGGCGCACAUGGACAAUCUGAAGCAAUCCAAGACAAGAGCUCUGUCAAAAACAGACCAAUAUAUUAGAAACAGCUCCCUGAACAAUGCAGUACAUUUGUACACCUUUGCAAUCACCGCCAAUAACAAAAAAAAAAUUGUUACAUUUUUAGGGCUGUCAAAAAUAGCACGUUAAAGCCAGUAACUAAUUUAUUUCAUUCAUUCAUUAAUUUUUUUCACGUAAUUAACGCAUAUGCAUGGCAAGCCAUGCCUCUUUGUUCAGACGCAGACAGAGGCACACAGAAUAGUGAUGGAAAUUACAGUUCUUUUGGCUCGGCUCACUAAAGAGAGCCGGCUCUUUCAGCUCCCAAGUGGGCCCUCAGAUUUUUGUUGUUGUCUUAAAUUAAUUUAUUACCAAAUUAUGUGCAUUGUGUCAAAUGAAUUACUAAUGCAAGAAAUACAUGAUAUCAAAUGUUUAUUUAAAUGGAUUUAUGUAAACCUCAAUGAGCAGCUACAAAAAUAUAAAAUUAGUAAUGUUAUAUUAUAAAUAAAAUACAAAAACAAAGUCCGAUCUCAAUAGAAAAAUUAAGUCAAAAUAGGUAAGAUCUCUUCAUGAAAAUUUCUCAGAACGAAUCGGCCCUAAGAGCACCACAGCUUGUGUUCAACCUCGCCCCUCCCCCUGCGCAGUGUGGGCACAGAGACGCCGCCACACAUCUUGACCAAUCACAUUCGCCUUUAACAGAAAAAAAAGAGGAAAAAACUCUCACAAUGUCGAGCUGGCUCCUGUUCAUUUGAAAGAGCCGUUUUUUUUCUUUCGGCACAUCA